GUGUUCUAUCAAGACAGUGGACCUUGUGCGUUUGUGAGUGGUUUGAGUUUAACCCAAUUUGGAACGGAAAAUGACAUUGACAGCGUUAGGUGAUGUGGUAGGCCAACAUGACAUUUUGUUUUUGGACAUAUUUUUCUAUUGCCAAUCUGAGUAAGUUUUAGGUGAACGAAUUCAUGUCGAUCUUUUAGAUCAAUUUCAUGUAUAAAAGAAAGUAUACAUAUUAAGUAUUUUCAUUUACUAGCUAUCUUAGCCAUGACUUCAACCACUGACGUGAGAGAGUUCGUGGUGAACCAACGAAACGGAGUUAAAGGGCUCGUUGACUCUCUAAAACUAACCACACUUCCUUCUCCAUACAUUCAACCUCCUCAAAAACGCCUCACUUCCGACAAAAUCCUCUCGUCAUCCUCACAAAUUCCUGUCAUCGACGUUUCCAACUGGAAUGACCCGCAAGUGGCUAGCGAGAUCUGCGAUGCAGCGGCUAAGCUCGGGUUGUUUCAGAUAGUCAACCACGGGAUAGCUCCGGUGGAGUUGAAGGCUUUAGUUGCGGCGGCCCGUGGGUUCUACCAGUUUCCAGUGGAGGAGCGAAGUAGGUACUGGAAAGGAAGUUCGGUGUCGGAGACGGCGUGGCUGACCACUAGCUUUAGUCCUUACAAAGAGAGUGUGUUGGAGUGGAGAGACUAUAUCAAGUUUGAGUUUCUUCCUCAACAACAUGGCUUCGACGCGGCGUGGCCUCCUGUCUGCAAGGAACAAGUGACAGACCAUUUCAAGAGGAUGAAACCAAUCGCCAAUAAGAUCUUAAAUAUACUCAUCAACAAUCUAAACUCAACCAUCAACGAGUCUAGUCAACAAACACUAAUGGGAACAAUGAGAAUGAAUUUCAACUACUAUCCAGAAUGUCCAGAGCCAAGCCUCGCAAUAGGAACUGGUCGCCACUCAGACAUCAACACCCUCACUCUCCUCCUACAAGAGGACGGUGUCUUGAGCAGCCUCUACGCUCGAGCCACCGAGGACGGGGAUAAAUGGAUUCAUGUCCCUCCAAUUCCUGGAGCAAUUGUAGUUAAUAUUGGAGACGUGUUACAGAUAAUGAGCAAUGAUGGGUAUAGGAGCGUGGAGCAUUGUGUGCUGGUCAAUAAAUCUUGUAGCCGGGUUUCUAUUCCGGUUUUCUGCGAACCAAUUCGUGAUUCGGUUAUCCAGCCGUUACCAGAGGUGUUAGAAAACAAUGAGAUGGCUCGGUAUAGAAAGGUUGUGUACUCGGACUACUUGAAGACUUUUUUUGAAAGACCCCAUGAUGGAAAGGCGACCAUUGAGUCGGUUAAAUUGUAAGGAUGUGGUCUAUAAAAGGGUUUAAAUCAGAUCAAGACUCAAAGUCUCUCUUUGUUAUUGUUUACUUUUUAGAAGGUUCACGUUAAAAUUACCUUUUUAAAUAAGGGCUUUUCUAAAAGACCCCAUGCAUGAUGUAAAUAAAACUAUUGCUUCACAAGGAUUUGGUUAAAUGCUUAAAUCAAA